AUGAAACAACAUUUUGGUGGCAGAGCACCUCACAGACUUACACCAUAUGUAGAAGUUUUACAAACUCGUGUAAAUAAAGUUAACAAAGCUGCAGUUUGUAAAGCUUGUAUAGACAAAUUAGGAAGAGAAAUAGCACUUGAAAGAUCUAUUUUUACUAAUACAAAAGCUUGCACUAAAGCACAUUUUAAAAAAUGUCAAAGUUUUUUUGAAAAAUAUAAUGAAGAAGAAAGAGCUGAAAUUCUUCAUGGAUUUUUAGAUGACAAUAACUGGUGGGAAAUUAUAGAAGAACUUAAAUCACAUUUGCUUCCAUUUAUGGCAACAUUGAAUCAUCUUCAACGUGAUGCUGCACGAUUAUCAGAUGUUCUUCAUUCUUUUGCAUAUUUUAUGCAAUUAUAUAAAAAUAAGUCAGAUAGCUUUA